AUGUGGUUGGAGGCUGUAUCCUCGCCUUGCGAAGACAAACGAGUUGACAUGGAUGGACCCGCUACCGAUUUACCAUCCCUGACAAAGUGGCAGCCAGGACGUUUGGUUUCAGUGUGGUUCGCUCUGCUGCUGCGAUGCAUGGUCUCGCUGUGGCCGUACUCUGGGCAAGGAGAGCGACCUAUGUACGGUGACUACGAAGCACAGAGACACUGGAUGGAGAUCACCAACGCUCUGCCGCUUCAUCAAUGGUACAGAUUUGAUCUGGAGUAUUGGGGACUGGACUAUCCUCCUCUGACAGCCUAUGUCUCGUGGGCCUGUGGUCAGCUGUCGAGGAUUGUGGAGCCCGCAUCUAUGGCUCUGGGUCUAUCGCGCGGCUACGAGACUCAGAGCCACAAGGCCUUCAUGCGGAUGACGGUCUUGUUGUUGGAUCUCGCCAUCUUCUUCCCCGCCGCAGCAGCACUCACGAGAAGGUUGGCUAUUGACAGGGCGAUGCGGAGGGGAAGAGGGGUGCCCCUACUACAGCGUUGGGAUCAUCCUGCCUCGACGAGGGGUCUGUGCAUGGUGCUCCUUUCGCCGUCCCUGGUGCUCGUCGAUCACGGACACUUCCAGUACAACUGCGUGUGCCUCGGACUGGCCGUGGCGGCUGCUGCUGCGGUGGCUAGCGGAAAGCGUCGCGGAGAACUUGUCGGCAGCGCUCUGUUUUCCUUGUCUCUCAACUUCAAGCAGAUGGCUCUGUACUAUGCUCCAGCUUUUUUCUUCUACCUGCUGGCCUCUUGUGUGUGGAGUAACCCCGCGGGCACGGAGGCGAUUGGAAGCCACGCGGAUGGCACAGCGACGUCGUUCAACCGUUUGUCGGGAGUGUUGCGCCGGGUGCUCGGCCUCGGGUCUGUAGUGAUUGUCACCUUCGGGGUCUUGUGGGCACCGUUCUGCCUUUUCCGGGACGAUGAUUCUGAGGAUGGUUCGGACGCGCGAAGCGGGUGCCUGUCUUCGAUGAGCCAGGUGGCAGUCAGGUUGUUCCCCUUCUCUCGCGGGCUGUUCGAGGACAAGGUCGCUAACCUCUGGUUCUGCCUCGAUGUCGUCUUCAAGUUGAGGAGGAGGCUGCCGGUGCCGCAACUCGCCAAGCUGGCUCUUGCGUCGACGCUGAGCCUCUUGGUGCCGGUGGGAGCGGAGCUCUUGAGGCCGGGCCGAUCGCCGACGGCGAGGAGGCUGCUGCUGGCCCUCUUCAACAGCUCCAUGGCCUUCUUCUUGUGUUCUUUUCAGGUACACGAAAAAAGCCUGCUGCUGCCACUCUGCCCUCUGGCGUUUCUCUGGAGAGACGCGCCCCUGUUCACGACGUGGCUACAGGUUAUCGGCGUUUUCAGCAUGAAGCCGUUGCUCGCUCGGGAAGGGCUGCUCGUGCCUUGUGUGGUGUGCACCUUGCUCUACGUCGCCGCCUCGACGUUUCUGGCACUACCGGAGGGCAACGUGGGCGAGCCAGUCGCUUCGUCUUUUCCAUACGGGAGGUAGGUCAGGCCGCAAUGCACGCGUUCCGUAGACUAGCGCCGAUGCCACGGGAUGUGUACAUUGAUCGUUGAAAGUAUUCGGAACAUCAGCCGGGACAUGUCCUUCACAAAAGGCGGUCAAGACCGCACGCGACGUGCUCCUCGCACAAAUUGAUGAUGUUGUAUCAACGAGAGUAACAAGUAGAGCACGGAUAAGACACUGUCUGCACGCCCGGCACCUCGUUGACGACGCCACACGCACAAACCAUGUGGAACGUUGAACGGUCAACAUAGGCCUGACAUAUAUAGGCACUCAGUACAAGGCAAGGAAAGUCGGAAAUCGGGGUACUGUUGUACCCGGGGGUACGUGACUUACACAGCGACGCCCCCAGAAACCGAAAUCGUCAAGAGCUAUGUAUGCAACAAUACAUCACGAAUAAUGUUUUCAGUGAAACGCCAAGCCAAUUGCAUGCAGAAACCGUCCGGUGGGUGUCUUACCACCCUGCCUGGGUUAGGUAUCAGAUACACUUGCUGCCCACCGCUUUUAUUUACAAAAUAUUGUUGUCUUUGGUGACCCUGAGUAAGAUGUGCGUACGGUGGCAGGCCGGUUCGAUCUCUCUCUCCUCCCUCCUCUUUCGCCACCUUGCACUUUAUCACCAAGUACUUGAGCAAAUUGACAGACGUACUGCUUCACAGGUGCUUGACUCGCGCACGCCUUGGAGUGAUGGCGGCCCUCUCCCUCGGAGGCAUGGUGCUGCUGCUGGCGUUGGAGGCAGCCGUGGCGCCUCCGGCGGCGCUGCCGUACCUGCACCCCACCCUAAAUGCCAUGUACUCGUGUGCAAACCUCACGGCGGCCUACGGGAUCGGCGUGUGGUGGCAGUGGCAAGAGGGGAUGCGUGGCGGUGGGGGCAGAGGCGGGGUGGGCGAACGGCAAGAGCGGCGUCUGUCUCACGAAACGGUCACCAAAAAGCAACGAUAGCAAAACAUUAUGCAAACGACGGACACGAUACUGGAGAUGUGUCGUCGAUUUUUGUGGCUCGUUUCGGGCAAUCGGAACCUGGCACAGUAGUAGGCACGUGGGCACCCUUACGUCGAUGCGCGAGACGUGGUACCCUUUCCAACACGCAUCCUGCUGCUUACGGAGUUGUGCGACCUUGUUUUUUGUUUGCUAUUUUAGGCUACUAGUACUAGAAGAGCUCCGAUACCUUGCGCAGUACGAUAUGCUGGUGUGCAAGUAGAUAUGAUAGCAUGGAGUAGGAUGUUUUUUUCAUGGAGGUAACGAGGUUUAUCGGACACUCAAAGGGGGAAACGUACCCAGAGCUUGGUCUGCAAUUCGUUUCUUGUAGUUGGCAUUUGGCGGUGUAGACGAGUAGACGGGACUUACGUCCCGGGUGCAUCUGUCGCACGUAGAAAGACUCUUCUCGGUCCCGUCGAGUAUUGUAUACAUAUAUCUUGGUAGCAUAAUGUAGUGGAAGAUAUUCUCCCGUUGUAUUGAACCCACCAAAACAUAUCGAUUCCAGUUUUUAGUAUGUAUUGAUUGGAGCAAUAUGCAUUUAAUAUCAAAUUGUCCAGGGUGUAGUAGAGACUAGCCGUGUACGCACAUGCACAUACAAGUGAGGCGAUCCACGUAUAAGGUAUCCACGUCAAAGAUAUGGUGAGUAUGGAAGGCGAACGGCAAGAGAAGGCCGUCGGAAUGUACAGGUAGGGCACGGCAGUGUGGGCGCGUCACUGCUCCGGGGGAAUCCGUUGAAUAUAUCUAUAUGCGUGAUGGCUGAU